CCUGACUCUACCCCAGUGAUGCAUCAGGCUUUACUUGUUCCCAAAGUCCUCCUGGAGAUAUUUGCCUAUGUGAAUAUAAUACCAUCUACUGAGACAACAUCGACCCAGGAAUUGCUUGCAGUGCUUGCAAGGACAUGCAAAAUCUUCCACGAGCCUGCGAUGGAUUUACUGUGGGCUGAAAUCGAUGGGUUAGAACCACUGCUGGGCUGUGUAGCGAGGUUACAUCCACUGAUAUAUCAUAGUGAUACAAUGUGGGACGAACCCUGGGCGAAAGGUGUCAAACCAUUAUCUGCCCAUGAGGCCUGUCAAUUUCUGCGUCACUCCUCUCGUAUACGCACAUUGGACAUACGAUCUGAUCAUCCGCACCUUCUCUCUGUCAUCCCCGCCGAGGCAUGCAUAUUUCCGAGGCUGAAGUCAUUAAGUCUUACCACCGUAUAUUUGAACCUCUUUCUGCCUCACAUGCUGCACCGAUGUCAUCUAUUGGGCGUCGAUGGGGAUCUGCAAUCUUUUGUGACAUGUUGCAUUGCUCUGGAGCAUUUAUACAUCUACACUCCCGAAUGGCGCCAGGCUGACAGCACAGCAAAUCAGAUGUCAUUGCUAUCCGAUAGGAUUCAUUGGUGCACGCGGCUUGUAACUCUUUCUUCUCCAAUGCUCGACUGGGCAACAUGGAAGCACCUCUCCCACCUCCCUACCCUUCGCAAAUUGGAAAUUGAACAAGCGUAUAAAGAGUAUCCUUCGCUGCCAAAACAAGAUAUCGUGAAUUUAUCAUUCCUUAACAUCACAAGGCUUUCCUUUCAAGAGCUCUACGAUGCUGGAGACAUCGUCACAGUCAUGCAACACUCACAAUUUCCCUCGCUGAAAGAGUUCGAGUUUGAAGCCAACUGUCUGUCUUCAGAAGAAGCCGAGCAACUCUUUCAUGCUCUGUCCCACUGCAAAGCGUGUCGGACUCUAGAAGAAAUCACCAUCCAUUGUCUUGAACACAAAUUCGACGGAAGCCAAUACGGCGAGUCUUUGACACCAAUUCUGCAUUUCCUUUGCUUUACACAGCUCCGAACCCUGAAGCUCAUGUUUUAUGAUUUCUGCAUCUACCUGGAUAAUGGCAUGCUCUUGCAAGCCAUGUCUACUUGGCUGCACAUCCGCACUCUGGAAAUCGAUGACGCAGGUGGCCCUUCUUCCGAAGUCUCCCUCCGUGGAUUAUUCACAGUGAUCGGUCUAUGUCCACAAUUGCAUACACUACAAGUUCCAAUCAAUAUUACAACUAUUGACAUCGAUCCUGAUGCCGAGCCAAUACAACAUACCUCCCUACGAUCGUUGGCUUUGGACUUAUCCGGAUUUCUAAUAGAUGCUGAAACUAUCGCUCGCAUCAUUUCCGCCUGGCUCCCUUGUGUCGACCAAGUUCAAAACCUAUAUUGUUUGAAUUGGGUUGAAGUCAACAAGUAUCUUAGAUCUUUGAGAAUGGCUACUGCGCCGUAUGUUGCGGGAGCCUCCUAG